GAAAUCUCCUAGACAGCGAGUUUUCCUAGUCACCCAAACUCCUAACUAUCCAAUUUCUCUCUCUCGAUUUGAAUUUAUCUGUUCGGUACCUGCACAAGUCAAAUCUAGUGGAUGACGAUGACACAGUGGACGCGCCAUGAAGAUAAGCUCCUCGAGCAGGCUAUUGUCUUGUUUCCAGAGUGUUGCCCCAACCGCUGGGAGAAGAUUGCCGACGCCGUCCCUGGCGCCACCGUCGAUUUGGUCUGGCAGCGCUAUCACGAUCUCCUACAUGACGUCGCUGAGAUUGAUGCCGGUCGGGUCCCGAUUCCGGCCUUCCCUGACUUUCCAUCUGAUGCUGAGCCCUCCUCCUCUGAUUGGAACUCUGCCAAUCAAAUUUCGUUCAACUCGAAGCCGCCUAAGAAUACUGACACCGAAAGAAAGAAGGGCACGCCUUGGACUGAGGAAGAACAUAGGUUAUUCCUCAGAGGAUUGGAGAAAUAUGGCAAGGGAGAUUGGAGAAGCAUUUCGAGGAAUGUUGUGGUAACUAGAACGCCAACUCAGGUAGCUAGCCAUGCUCAGAAGUAUUUUAAUCGCCAGAGGGAAAAAGCGAAGAAAGAGAGGAAAAGAGCAAGCAUCCAUGAUAUCACAACUGCAGACACCAACGUGGAGCCUCUGGAUCAAAACCAGAUUGGUUCUUCAAGCCUUCAAUCUCAGAUUGUCUCUUCAGGCCUUCCGGUGCAUCAGUCCUCACCAAUGCUUCAAUUUAACCCACAGAAUCCUUCAAUUGAUCAGUCUCUUGGGUUUGGGUACCCAAACUAUGCUUUUUCCAACUUAGAGAUAGAUGACAUGCACUAUUGAUAUAUAAAUGGCCUCAUCCAUCCUAUUUUGUAAGUUUUUGGAGUAGUUGUGUGUAGUUACAAGUGUAUAGAUGACUUGGUACAUCAGUUUGAAUUAGCCACCAGAACCCCAAGGACUUAACAAAUA